AUGUUGAAAAGUCCUAAAAAGAAAAAUACCCCUGGGACAGUCCGAGAGGGGGGGCGGAAGAUCUGUCCACCGGUCGAUUUAAACGGCGAAAACGGCGCGAAUACGGACUUGAAAUGCCCUACGUGCGGGAAAAAUUACAAGAGACGAGCCUGGUACAUUAAACACCUAAAAACACAUAAUGGUGUUGAAGCACGACAAUCGUUGGUAAGUUCUUCAAUUAUCACUUCGGAUAGAGUUGACCCUCACGUAUCCCAUGGUGAACCAUUAACUGGAAACCACCAGGAGUCCAUUAACAUCCGGACACGUCUUAGCAUUCCUAACAUGAAACAAUCGACUUGGAAAGUUCACGACGACAAUUUAGCGGUCCUGUUAGAGCAUCCGGGCUCGAAGCAGGAAUUGAACUCGCAGGUAGAAACUUUCCAAAAUACCGUUUAUGACUACUUCAACGAGCAAUAUCCACCACGUAAUCAUUACGCUCGCAAAAAUAAAGAAAAUUCGUUCAAGAUAAAAAUGAGGAAGAAAAAACGGGAAUUAAUAAAAAAUCUACGUAUAGCCAAAGCUCUAGGCGACAACCACCUUAGUCAUCAGCUAGCUAGGGCGUUAAGAUCAAUCCUUAAAUUAAUUCAAGGAAUAUCGGCACAAACUGCAGAAUAUCGCGGUAAUUUUGACCGGGCCAAACAGGAAGUAGAUUUUGAUAAAAACCCUUUUGAGUAUUCGAAAACCAUUUUUAAGAAAGAACGCGGACAGCUUCUCUUGACCAACGAUCAAAUUUACGACCAUUUCAAGAGUACAUACGAAGUGCCUAAAAGUGUAAGGCUCUAUACGGAUCCAAACGAACAAAAACCGGAAAUUCCUCAUAUCGAUUUUCACGGCAUACCACCAACGUUAGACGAAAUAAGUAGUCACAUAAAGAGGAAAUCAUCUAAAUCUACACCGGGCCCCGAUGGUAUCCCAUAUAUAGUCUUUAAAAAAUGUCCAUCGGUUCGUAAACACCUCCUAAAUAUAUACGGCAAAAUCUGGUCAAGGAAGCAAAUCCCGGAGUGUUUCGGGAAAGCAAUUUUUGUCCUCAUUCCCAAAAAAGAUCCAGUUACCGAUCCGAAGGAUACUAGACCGAUAGCCUUAACAAAUACAAUAUCUAAAAUCUUUUUCUCGGUCCUACAAACGAGAAUGACGCGAUUCAUGCUCAGCAACAAGUAUUUUAGGCCAAAUCACCAGAAAGGGUUUCUACCCGGGAUUUCUGGAUGCCUAGAACACAAUACCUUGCUGUCGGAGAGUUUGAAAGAUGCUAGAAAAAGCGAGCGGCAAAUUACAGUUUGUUGGAUAGACUUAGAGAACGCGUUCGGGUCGAUACAACACGAGUUGAUGCUAUUCGCGCUUAGAUGGCGGAAUACAAGAUACACCUCAUACGAUCCGGGACUAUCGAUAGGCGGUCAAUGCGUUUCUACGGUUACGGAAAAUGCACCAUUCAAGUUUCUCGGUCGUAAGAUUGAUAAUAUAGGUCGUACUCCAUCUUUAGAAGGAAUAGUAGAUAGCUUUUUAAAUGAUCUCAACAAGGUAGAUAGCCAGCAGAUCAGUAACGUAAAAAAAGCAUGGAUCUACGAUAAUUACUUAACUUCACGUUUGAAUUGGCCUUUCCUCGUCUAUGAUUUUAGUAAAACCCUUUUAUCUAAAUUAGAUGCAGGCGUCAUAAAGAUGUUGAAGUUGUGGCUCGGGCUCGCGCUAACGGCUGAUUCAUCGGCUUUAUUCAGGGAUCGUAAUAGUUUUGGGAUGAAUCUAAAAAGACCAUCGGAGCUCUACAAACACCUAAGAGUUUCCAAGAGACAUAUCCUGGGAAAAUCCCAUGAUGACGUCGUUACAUCACUCCCAAAAGACAAUGAUGCCCCAGAGCUAGAGUCACGACUUCAAUUCCAUAAACAAUUUAUGAUCGGAGCGCAAAAUAACAGAGUAGGGUUAGGAUCAAGUAGGAAAGUCCAAGAUACGGAUAUAUUAAAGUCUUUUAUUCGGCAAGACGAGAACGAUAAAUACAAGAUCCAUGCAAUGAGUUUAGAAAUGCAGAACGAGUGGUUAGACAUGGGAGAUUUUUGCAUUCCACUAGCACUAAAAUGGCGCACCCUAAUUCAUGACUGGUCGCCAGCCUUGCUAAAAUUUUAUCUCAAUGCGUUCCAGAUGACUCUCCCAGAUCAGAGUAAUUUAGUAAGAUGGGGUAAAGGUACCGAAAAAACUUGCUAUAUCUGCGGAAAGGCAGUUGGAACUGCCAAGCAUUUGCUGGUGGGAUGUAAGGUUCUCCUGGACAGCGGUCAAUACUCGCGUCGUCACGAUAGGGUUUUAGAGAUCAUACGUUUUGUGAGAGAGGGCACCAGGGCUAUAAAAUCAAGCGUCAAGCCUUACUCUAUCCUUAAAGCGGCUUCGGAUUGGACUAUCAUGAUGGAUACGUAUGAGAAACAAUACAAAAUCCCCGAGGAUAUUUGUGCGUCGGCCUCCAGACCAGACAUAUUUCUAUAUUCGCGUAUUUUAAAGCGCGUUGUGAUGAUAGAGCUUACGGUGCCUUGGGAAACCAACAUCCCCAAAGACCAUGCCAUCAAGGUCAAUAAGUAUUACGAGCUCACUAACGAACUAACUCGAAAUAGGUUCGUCGUUGAUUUGUACGCGGUAGAGGUGGGAGCGAGAGGUAUAACAGCUAAAUCUCUCUAUAACCUACUAAAAGACUUGGGCCUGUCCAGAACUAACAUUAAUUCAUUCUUAGAACGUACGUCGAAGGCAGCCCUAGUAGGUUCUUUUCAAAUUUGGUUAGGUAGGGAGAGGAACUUGGACAGUGGAGGUGAGCGUAUAACGCGCGUUAGUUAA